UAAUAUUCAUAAAAAAAUUCUAAACAAUAUUCAAACAACAAAAUAUUAUAAUUCACAAAGUUAUCAAAAAAAUAAAGAUACCAACUCGGAUAAUAUAACUCAAUAUUAUCAACCACAAUAUCAUUAUGAUCAUAAUAUUUCAUGUGACAAAGAUAUAGAUAACACAAAUACAAAUAAGUAUCAAAAUUAUUAUAUAGAUUUCUUAAAUGCAUAUGAUCAAGAUAAAUUAAAUAUUAUCAACUCUUCCAUUCAUGUAUUAUGUGAAGAACUUGACUUAAAAGAUUUUAUUCAUUCUAUGCCUCAUAAUAUACAUUCAAAUAUUCAAUAUAAUAAUAUGUCAUCAGGACAAAAACAAAGAUUAUCUAUUAUAAGAUCUCUUAUGAAAGAUACUCCUAUAUAUAUAUUCGAUGAAAUUACAUCUUUCUUAGAUGAAGGAAAUAUAAACAAAUUACACAAACUUAUUGAUAUUUUAAUUCCUAACAAAACUAUUAUAUAUAUUACUCAUUCAAUUCAUAUUCUCAAUAGAAUGGAUAAAAUUAUUAUCUUAGACGAUGGUAAUAUUAGGGCCGUUGGAACAUAUGAACAAAUUAAAAAUGAUAAGCUUUUUAUGGAUAUAUUUUCUCUGCAUAACGCUGGUAGAUAA